UGUGUUUUUGUUCAUCAUUUCCACGGAAGAACUUCUUAAAAACUUUAAAACUGUACAAAAACAUUAUUAAGGAAUUAUUUUCUGAACCAUCAUUCUAAUAUAAGAACAUUUUCUACGAUUUUAUUGUCAGCAACAACGAUGCACAAAUAUUGCUCCCCUGUCUUAAUUGCGUUUAUUUUGGGUAUUUUAGCAAGUAAAUUGCACGAAGAAACUCGGAAAAUGUGACUGAAACAAAUGUAAGUCUCAAAGAAGUUGUGCUUUUUUUUAACAAAUUUGUAGUUCCGGUUUUCGAAGGAAACAUAUUAUGAACUUCUUUUUUACAAGGAAAGUAAAUUAAAAAAUGAAAUGAAAGUAACUGGAAUUUCAAAAUUUUCAAUAAUUUUGUGAUGCACUUCCAAAUAGUUUGUUAAUCUUUUAAAGGAGAGAUUAUUUUGAUUGAUGGUCUUAACCACGGUAUAAAUAAUAGUCGCGCAAGUGAUUUACUCAAUUCGUUGGUUUUCAAGUGGGUGAAAAUGGCACGACUUUUGACUUUUGUGAUUUUUUUAACAGUGGUGGUGGCAAUACACGGCGCAUCAUAUUCUAGAGUAACAAAGGAGUUGAGUGAAGUGAAAGCUGAAAACUUAAGAAAUUCAAAUAAAACACUUUUAUCACUUAAUUUCUCUUCUCAACAGAUCAGGUAUUCACUUGAAGUCUACUACCAGCUCUUGUUGUACAUCAAAGAGAAUAACCUCUUGGAUAUUGACGAUUGUCCGAGAUGCAAGUGCUUCAGUGAUGGCAUUUGCAUUGAUGUGUGCAAUGGUAGAAUAUGUUCUUGAAAUAAAAAUAAAAGGAUAUUUUAUAA